AAAUAAAGCAAAGCAAGAAUAACAAGACAACUCUGAUAACUCAAGAAAGCAAAUGGCUAUAAAAGCAACCAAAGCAAUGGUGGUUAUAUACAAUACUCAAAUUCAGAAAAAAAAAAAAAAAAAAAAGAAGAAAAAAAAAAAAAGAAAAAGAAAAAGAAAAAGAAAAAAACGUGUUUGACCUUGUAAAACCCGUCCUCGACUCUCUAAGUCUGAUCAGACCUUAACCUACCUCACCUCUUCACUACCAUUUCUAUACAUCAUAUAUACUUACUACUGUAAUCAAACACCAAUUACCAAUAAUCCCCCAUCUCUCUCUCUCUCUCUAUAGUCUAUAUAUCAUCUUUCUCUCUCUGCAACGCACAAGCUGUGACCCAUUUGAGACACCAAAAAAACACACCCGCCCAACAAUUAUCAGAUCAUCGCCGGCUAAGCUUCCAAAUUAUUAUUGAUUGUCAUCUGUAUCAGAUCAGAGACACCCACUUGCAGUUUUCUUGAAUUGGGUGAUCUGAUCUGCAAAUCCUUGGAGGUAAUGGGUGACAUAGUGAAGAAAAUAUUGGUAAAGCCGAUCCACAUAACGGUCGAGGUGGGCAAGGCCGCAGACGAGGCCUGUUCGUUCAAGCAGGACUGCGCUGAGCUGAAGGCCAAGGCCGAGAAAUUGGGCGGACUCCUCCGCGACGCUGCACACCGCAGCAAUGACCUCUACGAGCGCCCUGCUCGCCGCAUCAUCGAUGACACCGAGCAGGUCCUAGAAAAGGCCCUCGCGCUCAUCCAGAAGUGCCGAAACCACGGCCUCGUUAAGCGGGUGUUCACAAUCAUUCCUACUGCUAAUUUCCGCAAGAUGUCAUCCCAGCUCGAGAACUCCGUCGGAGACGUCUCUUGGUUGCUCCAAGUCUCCGGCUCGGCCAAUGACCGGAUUGAUCGGGGCGAUGAGUAUGUGGGACUCCCUCCCAUAGCCACAAACGAGCCAAUUCUGUGCCUCAUAUGGGAACAGAUCGGGAUUCUGUAUACUGGGUCACUGGAUGAUCGAUGUGAUGCUGCAGCUUCUCUGGUCUCGCUUGCCCGGGACAAUGAUCGGUACGGGAAGCUGAUCAUCGAAGAAGACGGCAUCGUGCCACUGCUGAAAUUGGUGAAGGAAGGGAAGAUGGAGGGUCAGGAGAACGCUGCUAAAGCAAUUGGGCUUCUGGGACGUGACCCUGAAAGCGUCGAACACAUUAUUCAUGCUGGUGUGUGUUCAGUGUUUGCGAAAAUCCUCAAAGAAGGUCCGAUGAAAGUUCAGGCAGUGGUGGCCUGGGCAGUGUCCGAGCUCGUAGCCCAUCACCCAAACUGUCAAGACCUGUUCGCCCAACACAAUAUAAUUCGAUUGCUCGUGGGUCAUCUAGCAUUUGAGACAGUUCAAGAACAUAGCAAGUAUGCCAUUAUCAGCAACAAAGCAACAUCAAUUCAUGCUGUUGUUAUGGCAAGUAAUAAUUCGAAUGCAAACAUUUGUAUUAUUGAUGAUGAUGAAAAGCAUAUUCAAAUCCCACAUCCCACUGGGAAUAAGCAACCCAGUCAGAUGCACAAUGUGGUUACUAGUACCAUGGCAUUGAAAGGUCAAUCCAAGCCACCUCAGAGUAAUGGGGAAAAUCACAACAACAACAACAACAACAACAACGCCGCGAAGCAGAGUCUUCAAAGCUAUCAGCAGAAUUUUCCAUUCUCCGGGACUAGCGUCAAAGGGAGGGAACUCGAGGAACCAGAAACCAAGGCAUAUAUGAAAGCAAUGGCUGCAAGAGCCCUUUGGCGCCUUGCCAAGGAGAAUUCUCCCAUUUGCCGUAGCAUCACAGAAUCAAGAGCUCUAUUGUGCUUUGCGGUCCUCCUAGGAAAAGGCCGUGAAGAUGUUCAGUACAACUCUGCCAUGGCGUUAAUGGAGGUGACAGCAGUGGCAGAGCAAGAUGCUGAGCUGAGAAGAUCAGCAUUCAAGCCCAAUUCACCCGCUUGCAAAGCUGUUGUUGAUCAAUUACUAAUAAUCAUCGAAAAGGCAGAUUCAGAACUGCUUAUCCCAUGCAUCAUGGCUAUUGGGAAUUUGGCAAGGACAUUUCGAGCCACGGAGACAAGGAUGAUAAGCCCAUUAGUACGGUUGCUUGAUGAGCGAGAAGCCGAGGUUUCUAGAGAAGCUUCCAUUGCUCUCGCCAAGUUUGCCUGCACAGACAACUAUCUCCAUCUUGAUCACUCCAAGGCCAUAAUAAUCGCAGGAGGGGCAAAGCACCUAAUACAGCUUGUGUACUUCGGAGAACAGAUUGUUCAAAGCCCUGCACUGGUUCUGCUCUGCUACAUUGCAAUACAUGUCCCAGAAAGCAAAGAACUCGCCCAAGCCGAGGUACUCACCGUGCUUGAAUGGGCAUCCAAGCAAGGACCAUUCAUCCAAGACGAGACCAUUGACAUUUUGUUACAGAAGGCCAAAGACAGUUUGGCGGUCUAUCAAUCCAGAGGUUCAAGGGGAUUCCAUUGAUUCACUCAAAUUUUUAGGCAAGAUUAUUUCCCUUUUUUUUCUUUUCUUUUUUUUUUUUUGGUUUCUGUUAUGUUAUUCUCAUGGAGUGUACAUACAGUUGGCCUAUCUAAUUGUUUAGAAGAAUCCCCCAAAUAGUCUAGUAUCAUUCUUCUGUGCUCUAUUCCUGAAUCCCCUUGUUGACACCCAUUUAGAAAUGUUUAUGCUGUUGUACUGGUGAUGUGCAAGCCUUGAAACAUGUCAAUUUAUGCUAAAUGGACAAUCAUUAUCCUU